AUGGGAACCCAAGCUCCAACUGACCAGAACAAUUAUGCCUCUACAGAUAUUGACGAAAAAUUAGCGAAGCAGAAGGCGAUAGAUGAUUGGCUUCCAAUUACUUCUUCAAGGAAUGCAAAAUGGUGGUACUCAGCUUUCCACAAUGUCACUGCCAUGGUCGGAGCUGGUGUUCUCAGUCUCCCUUAUGCCAUGUCAGAACUUGGAUGGGGUCCUGGUGUGGUGAUUUUGGUGCUGUCAUGGAUCAUCACAUUGUACACUCUGUGGCAAAUGGUGGAGAUGCAUGAGAUGGUUCCUGGGAAGCGGUUUGAUAGAUACCACGAGUUGGGUCAACAUGCCUUUGGUGAAAAACUUGGUCUUUACAUUGUGGUGCCUCAGCAGCUGGUUGUGGAAGUUGGUGUCAACAUUGUUUAUAUGGUAACUGGAGGAAAAUCACUGCAGAAGGUCCACAAUUCUGUCUGCCCAGAAUGUAAAAAGAUCAAAUUAACUUACUUCAUCAUGAUCUUCGCUUCUGUUCACUUUGUCCUCUCCCACCUCCCCAACUUGAACUCCAUUUCUGGUGUAUCUUUGGCCGCAGCAGUCAUGUCCUUGAGUUACUCUACCAUUGCUUGGGCAGCUUCUGUAAACAAGGGUGUGGUAGACAAUGUUCAAUAUGGAUAUAAAGCCAAGUCUACAUCAGGAACUGUGUUCAACUUCUUCAAUGCCUUGGGGGAAGUGGCUUUUGCGUAUGCCGGGCACAAUGUGGUUCUGGAAAUACAAGCAACAAUUCCAUCGACGCCGGAGAAGCCUUCCAAGGGACCCAUGUGGAGAGGAGUCAUUGUUGCCUAUAUAGUUGUGGCUUUGUGCUACUUCCCAGUUGCUCUCAUCGGCUAUUAUAUAUUUGGCAAUUCAGUUGAGGAUAAUAUCCUCAUGUCACUACAGAAACCUGUGUGGCUCAUUGCAAUGGCCAACAUGUUUGUUGUCAUCCAUGUUAUUGGAAGCUAUCAGAUUUAUGCAAUGCCAGUGUUUGACAUGAUAGAAACUGUAUUGGUAAAGAAGUUAAAUUUCAAACCCACCAGAACGCUUCGCUUCAUUACGCGCAAUAUAUAUGUCGCAUUCACCAUGUUCGUUGGUAUUACCUUCCCUUUCUUUAGCGGUCUCCUUGGAUUUUCGGAGGAUUUGCUUUUGCCCCAACAACAUAUUUCCUCCCUUGCAUAA